GCCAAGUGACAAACGAGUUGUUGACAUGAGUGCGAACGGGAGUAAAGCGCGCGUGUGCGGAGAACGCGAUUUUUGAAAGAAUUUCAAAUUUUCCAAGUGUGUAAUGCAUAAUGCAGUUGUGUCUACUGAUCGGAUUUAACGAAAACUAACAAAUUUAAUGCACUUGCUUAGUGCAAUAAGAAACUAAAACACGAUAUUAGCAACUUGCAAGUGCAACGAAGUGAAAAAAUACAUAUAUUAUGUGAAUAAUUGUGGUAACGAAACAUAAAGUAUGUAAUAAAAUAUAAGGGAAAAAUUAACCAACGAACGUGUCUGUGAGAUUGUGCAAAAUAAAGAAAGGAAGCAAUAACUAAGAAUUGAUAAAAAUGCCAUAAGUACCGACUGCGUUGAACCAACGGCGACGAAACUAAAUGUAAACGUUUAUAAUGCAAAAGCGGUGAAGCAAAAACAAAAAGAAAAAAAAAAAAACGACAAGUGUAUAACAAACUGAAGUGUAGCUGUCAAUUUAAAGUAACUAAACGUCUGCGAAAAUUUCAAAUAAAUGAAUUACUGCCGAAUAUAAAACGAAUGCGUGACUCAUUAGCUAUUCACCUAAUUGAUAAAAAUUUAACUUAGUGUUGUGUACUAGAAAGUGAAAAUUAUUUGUUAAAAAAAUAAAAGUGUUUGUCAAGUUUAACGAAUAGUUGUUUGUGCAGAGAAUUAGCGUAGAAAAAUUGUCAAAAAUGAAGGUCACCGUUUGUUUUGGUGCCAUCCGCAUUGUUGUGCCGUGUGGCAAUGGCGAUUUGCUGGUGAAGGAUCUUAUAAACGAAGCAACCAGGCGUUACAAGAAAGCAGCAGGAAAGGAGCCUGAUUCUUGGGUUGCCGUACACCAUCUACAAACACAGUCGGGCAUACUCGACCCCGACGAUUGUGUCGGCGAUGUGGCCGAUGAUCGCGAACAAAUACUUGCCAGUUUCGAUGACUCUGGUCCGGAUCCGGGUGUGCCGCAAGGUGGCGGCGAUGGUGCCUCAGGCAGCUCUUCGGUGGGCACCGGCUCGCCCGAUAUCUUUCGUGACCCCACUAACACAGAUGCACCCACAAAUGGGCAACGCGGCGAUACUGCCACGCCGCACAUUGAAGUCACCAGCACUACUGCCUGCCCCAUGACUGGACUGGGUUUGCAAGUGCGUCGCAGCAGUGAUCCGAAUUUGCUCGCCUCGCUGAAGGCGGAGGGUGGCAAUAAACGCUGGUCAGCAGCAGCGCCACACUGCGGCGGCGAUUCACCCGAUCGUGUGCUGCUCGAUAAAAGCGGCUAUUUAACGCCACAGUGGGAGGAGGAAGACGAUGGACAACAGCAUGCGACAGCCGCACCGACGCAACAACCGUUCGCACGCUCCGGUCGCUUGUCCAUGCAGUUUCUUGGCGAUGGCACGGGAUACAAAUGGAUGGAAGCCGCCGAAAAGUUACAGCAUCAGCAGCAGCAGCACCCGCAACAGCAGUCGUCGCAUCAGUAUGCGUCGCAAGGACAGAUGUACACUACCAAGUCACUGCCGCGUGAAAGUAAGCGUAAAGAGCCGCUCGGUCAGGCUUACGAGUCGAUACGCGAGAAAGAUGGCGAAAUGUUGCUCAUCAUUAAUGAGUAUGGUAGUCCGUUGGGUUUGACGGCCAUACCGGACAACGAACAUGGCGGCGGUUUGUUGGUGCAACACGUGGAACCGGGUAGUCGCGCUGAACGCGGACGCUUGCGUCGCGGCGAUCGCAUAUUGGAAAUCAAUGGCACCAAAUUGAUCGGUCUAACCGAGGGUAAAGUGCAGGACUAUUUACGACGCUCACUCGAAGCUUCCGAACUGCGUGUGCGCGUGUUGCGCGCCAGUGGUAGUAACGCUAACCAACGUAGCGUCAGCAAAUCGCGGCGUCGUGACUCUAAGGUCGCCGAAAUGAUUGAAGCGGAAGAGAAAUUGGCCUCAACCGUAGAAACGAAGGUGGCGACUGUCUCGCCCACACGUAAGCCACAUACUGCGCCAGUGGGCACGUCUCUACAGGUCGCGAAUACACGCAAGCUCGGCCGCAAGAUCGAAAUUGUGCUGAAGAAGGGUCCAAACGGUCUUGGCUUUUCCGUGACAACACGCGAUAAUCCAGCCGGUGGCCAUUGUCCGAUUUAUAUUAAGAAUAUACUGCCGCGUGGCGCUGCUAUCGAAGAUGGUCGUUUGAAGCCGGGCGAUCGCUUGCUCGAGGUGGACGGCGUGCCAAUGACGGGUAAAACCCAAACGGAUGUGGUCUCCAUUUUGCGCGCUACGCAACCCGGUGCUACGGUGCGUUUAGUAGUGUCGCGUCAGCAGGAAUUGGCCGAACAGGAUGAGCGGGAAAUUAACUACGACGAGAAAGAGCGCGACGUAAUGAAUACACCACCAAAACCGCCAGCGCCAGUGCUACCUUCUUCUUUACAAAAGCAGCAGCAGCAGGAUAAGCUGCCGAAUGGCGUUAAGAAGUCCAACAGUGCACGGUCGCUCUUUGAGCAGCACCAACAGCAAGCACAGUAUCAGCUGAACGAAUCCCAGCACUUCAUAGACGCAGGCAGCGAGUCGGCAGCCUCAAGCGAUAGCUUACAAGCGGGCAUCGCAUGGCGCUCACGCGAAGUACUCACACUACACAUACCGGUGCACGAUACAGAGAAGGCCGGUCUCGGUGUCAGCGUCAAAGGCAAGACAAGUUCAAAUUCCAACAGCAGUAACAACUCAAUGAAACACGACGGUGAUUUGGGUAUUUUCGUGAAAAAUGUCAUACAUGGUGGCGCCGCAUCACGUGACGGACGUCUACGCAUGAACGAUCAACUCUUGAGUGUUAAUGGUGUCUCGCUGUUGGGUCAAAAUAACGCGGAGGCAAUGGAGACGUUGCGUCGUGCCAUGGUCAACAAUCCCGGUAAGCAUCCGGGCAUGAUAACGCUAUCGGUGGCACGCAAAAUCGCACGUUCCGCCAGUUCGGGUGACAUACUCGAGCAAACCAACAGCAGCUCGAAUGCCAGCGAUAAUUCCGGCGCUACAGUGAUCUAUCUGAGUCCGGAGAAGAAGGAAGCACGGAGUGGAGCUGGUGGCUGCGCCACAAAUGAAAUGAACAGAUGGAGCAAUCCCGUAUUAGAUCGUCUAACCGGUGGAGUUUGCUCGUCGAAUUCAUCACAACAGGCGCGUCGGCCCUCACGCGAUCACUUGAACGCUGGCGGUGGGGUUGCAGGUGGUAUUGGUGGUGCGCCCGGUAGCGCCGGCGUACAUAGCUUGCGCAAUGAGAGCUAUUACAUGGCAACAAAUGAAACGUGGUCACCAGCUUUGCAUCAUCAGAAGAUGAUGAAUGGCCAUGUCAAUAACAACACAGUUUUAAUUGAAGACGAUCCAGAGCCAAUGUCACCUACACUGCCCCACCAUCCCAACGAUUCAGUGUGCACUCAAAGCAGCAAUGGUGGUCCAAAUACAACCACAGCCGCACCGGGCUUCGAUGCCACUUACUCAUCGCAGUUGAGUCUCGAAACGAACAACUCCGGUGUGGAGCACUUUUCGCGCGACGCGCUUGGACGCCGUUCGAUAUCGGAGAAACAUCACGCCGCCUUGGAUGCACGCGAAACGGGCACCUACCAGCGCAAUAAGAAGUUGCGCGAAGAACGCGAACGCGAGCGCCGCAUACAACUAACCAAGUCUGCCAUAUAUGGUGGCUCCAUGGAGUCGCUAACAGCGCGUAUUGCCAAUGCGAAUGCGCAAAUACCCGGCUAUAAGCACACGAAGACCGCUUCCGGCGUGGAGGCGCAACAAUUGCAAGCGGAGGCGCGCGAUCAAGUCGGUGAUUUGGGUCCCUCGCUGGGCUUGAAGAAAUCCUCAUCGUUGGAGUCGCUGCAAACCAUGGUGCAAGAGAUACAAAUGUCCGAUGAGCCACGCGGUCCGACGGCAUUGCGUGCGCCGCGUGGACGUGGACGUGAGGACAGCUUGCGCGCCGCUGUGGUGGCGGAUCCCGAGGCGGGCAAGCCACGCAAGCACUGGCUGCUCGAAGAGGGCACCGAUCAGGAUGGCGGCUUUGCGCAUCGCAACGGUCCCUUCCAGAGUUCGCUGAACGACGGCAAGCACAAGUCGCGCGCCAAGAAGCCGAGCAUAUUGCGCGGCAUCGGUCAUAUGUUUCGUUUCGGCAAGAAUCGCAAAGAUGGCGUUGUACCGAUAGAUACGCAAGCCGCUGCGUUGGCUGAGCGCCCGCCGGCAUCGCUGCCCAACAAUCAUCUGCCUGCCGCCGCCUUAGCCGCGCUCGAUCGAAAUACGAAGCUGGUGCCACCAGCCUACCAACCGCCGCCGCCCUUACCGCCUGCCAAUAGCACCGGCAGCGGUGGCAGUGGCGCAAAUGCUGGUGGUGGCAUUGGUAACUUGUCGUCGAACUCGAAUGGCAUACACCACAAUGAUAUUUUCAAUCAUCGCUAUCAGCACUACGCCAACUACGACGAACUGCAUCAGCAACAGAUGAGCAGCGAAAGCGAAAACACGGCCACUAAACAAAAUCAAAAUAGUACAGAUGUUUUAUCGGAGUCGACAUUAGAAUGCAUGCGGCAACAAGUUAUCAGGCAGCGCAUUAAAGUCGAGGCGGAAAGCUUUACCCCUAGAUAUGUGCGUUUGAAAUCGGAAGAUUGGAUUUGCUUUGAAUUGAAUCGCCGUCAUCAGCAUUAUCAUUCGCAACGCAGCGCCCGCUCACAGGACAUCAACUUACAGCAUCAUCAUCAUCACGCUGCCAUGUUAAGCAACAGCGGCAGCGCUGCCGACAAGAGCAGUCUGCUGCGACCCACAUCCACAUACUAUGAGUACGAGACGGUGCAGCACAGUGUAAGUCCAGCUGCGGCGGCGGCGCAACAUCAUCAGCUGCGCAAUGGUAGUCUCAAGCAAAACGGACAUCACUCACCGAUAACGGUGAAUGGCGUGCAGCAGCAGCAGCAGCAGCCACACAACAACACCAAUCAUCAUCAACAACAGCAGCAACAACAACAAGCACAACAGCAAACAGUUGGACCACCACCACAAGCGCAACCACACUGGAAAGUAGCCGGCAUGAAUGGCUUCUCGCCCGCCUCACUCAACAGCAGCGCGCGCAGUCGCGGUCCCUUCGUCACACACGUGACCAUACGCGAUCAGAGUUCAGCAGCCAUCGCAGCACAACAACCCACAUACCAAACGGUACAGAAGCAGCAGCCGCAAUUCGCGAGCGCAGUCGUUAGCGGUGGCGCACAGCCGCACGCAUCGAAAGUGUGACUAUAGGUGCCGGUGCUGCGCCCACGGCGUGGCGUAGAACAAGCAAACCGCGCGGCAGUUGCUGAUACAUCGCUGGCGCGCGAUGUGUGUGAUGUUGGUGGUGGUGGCAGAAAUGAUGAUGGCAGCAGCGCUGGUGGCGACAAUGACUACGAGGAUGUGGACUCGGAUGUGGUGGAGAUAUUCUACCUCGCCACCGAGUGUUAAAGCGCAUGUCGCCGUCAGCAGUUUUCUAAGUCAACAGCAAUACAAAAGCGUACGUGGAACAAAAAAAUUGGCUGAGCGAAAAAAGAAAAUUUGUAAAUAAAUAAAUUAUGUUCAAUGUGGCACACAGGAAUUGGUAUGAAAUCCUUAAAUCAUGAGACUGCAACAAAACAAACAACAACAACAAAUUAUCAAGUGCUGGCAUACAAUUACAAAAUGUGGAAUUUGUAAUCAUAAAUAUUUAAGUAAUUAAAGUUAAAUUUAUAUAUAAAAGAAUUGUGUGAGCGCUAACGGUAGUUGCAGCUAUUCUGCGAAAUUUACAAUUAUAUAUACACUAACAUACAUUCCGUUGCAGCAUUCGCAUAGUUUGCAGCUUGAACAGUAUUGUUUUUAAUUUAAAAAAUAUUUAUAUGCAGCAAUGCUGUCUGCAUAGCGUUAAAAUAAAUCGAAUAUAUUGUAAAUUUAUUACAGCAAAUAACGAAACGAAAAAAAUACAUAAAUAUACGAAGUAGAUUUAAUAAGCCAACUGCUCAAAGUGAGGUUAGGCGCGAACUAAACCCUAAAAUUAAGUAAAAAAAAAAAAA